AUGUACGAGCUACAACAACAUCGAAAGUUCAGUGCGUUGGAUGAAAUGCUUCCAGCAUUUUAUUACUGCUACUUACUUUGCUUUCCUGUUAGCAGCGAUAACAGGGCGAGCACGUCCGAGCUCUUGCAAACCUCCCUAUCCUCGCUGGCAGAAGAACGCCCAUACCUGACUGGUACAGUCCGAAGGGAUAUGGAAAGCAGUGUGCGCAAAGGCCAUCUCAUCCUCGACAUACCGAAUCCCUUCGAAGACCUUCGUAUCGUAUUCAACGAUCUCACAGGUCCGAAGUCCCAAUGGAAGGAGACAUAUCAGGAUCUGAAAGACACCGGCAUGCCGCCACACAAGCUGGAUGCAAACUUGUUAGCACCCCUGACAGCCGGUAUUGGAGAGACACGGAAAGUCAUGUCGGUGCAAGCCAACUUUAUCCACGGCGGACUAUUGAUUGCCUUUUGCUUCCACCACAAUUUCGUGGACGCAUAUGGGGCUGGACGCAUUAUUGCGAGGUUUUCAGACCACUGCAAUGGGACUGUUGACCUCAAAAAUAGCGCUGAUCCAGAGGGGGACGGUACCGAUUCGAGGGGCAUAGCAGACCUCCUCGACGUUGAACUUUUGAAAAAGCAGUACAAAUUCGAGGACCUGGAAAGUGACCCAAACCUCUGGCGACUCAACUGCCUCGAGUUCAGGGGGGUUAACGAUUUUCGGUGGCCCGAUUUCAUCCCUGCCCUUCUUCCAGUGAGGAAGCCACCAGUCAUCUCGAGUAUGUUCUCGUUCAGUUCAGACGCUCUGGCAGAAAUCAAAGCUAUGGCACAACCGAAUCAAAGCGGAGCGUGGGUGUCGACAAACGACGCGUUGGUGGCCUUUCUGUGGCGACAUACCAUGAGAGCUCGCUUUCCAUCAUCGAGAACCGAAAGCGAGCCCCCAAACCGCAAGUCAAACGUGGUGGUGGCACUUGAUGGCAGAAAAGACCUUUCUAUAUCACCAACCUACAUCGGUAACUGUCUUUUCCAUUGCUUUACGGACCUGCCGAUCAAUAUGGUAGGAAGUGAGAGCACCCAUCUUGGUGAUAUUGCGAUCAAAGUCAGACAGACGAUCACCGCGGCCCGAAACAAAACGUUGCUGAAAGCUGUCGUCGGGCUGGCUGCCACUCACCCAGAUUGCCAGACAAUCAAGUACGCCAACGACAAUCUGGGGCCUGACCUGUACGUUACCUCUUGGAUUGAUCUGCCGUUCUAUAAGCUUGAAUGGGGCCCACUUGGUAAGACCGAGUUCUUCCGCAUUCCAGACCGACAAUUUGAAAGUCUCUGUUGCAUUUUGCCGCCAAAGGAUGGGGUUGUCCAGUUGAUUACAUCGAUGGAGGAAGAUCAUAGCAAACGGCUUCGAAGUGACGCAGAGUUUACUAGAUUUGCAACUUAUAGAUAG